AUGCUUUCAGCCGACGGAAGGAGGGAGAUGGGCUACACUUGGUCCGACAUCAAGAUGCACGCCGCUCGGGUGUCGGGAUGGCUGCCCCGAGACCCGAUUGUGGGAUGCAACACGGCGGACGAGAUGGCAUGGACUGUUCUACGAGGGGUGAUGAUGAAGGUCCCCCUGAUGGUCACCGCCAGCACAGUGAGGUAUUUGAAGGACCUCGAGGAACGCGCUCCGGCAGCCACGGAGAAGUUCAGUGGGUAG